AGCACCCUCACCACCAUUACUAUGCCAAGAGUUAGGGGAAGAUAGAGCAAAGAGAGAGAGAGAGAGAGAGAGAGAGAAUCAUAGAAGCUAUGGCCACCACUGUCGCCGCCACCGCAACCAUCCCCUCCUUCACAGGCCUCAAGGCCGGCGCCUCAGUCGAGGCCUCGAGGCCUGUCUCUCAAUCAAAGGUGACCCCCAAUGCCUGCCUUUGCGCAAAGGCCUCGCUGAAGGGUGUUGGUGUUGCUGCCGUGGCUGCCUCUGCCAGUGUGAUGCUCGGAAGCAACGCGAUGGCCUUUGAUGUGCUGCUGGGAAGCAACGAUGGCUCCCUCAAUUUCGUCCCCAGCAACUUUGAUGUCCCUGCUGGCGAAAAGAUUGUUUUCAAGAACAAUGCUGGGUUCCCCCACAACGUUGUUUUCGACGAGGACGAGGUGCCUGCUGGUGUCGAUGUUUCGAAGAUCUCCAUGCCCGAGGAGGAUUUGCUUAAUGCACCUGGAGAGACUUACUCUGUGACUUUGGACACCAAGGGAACAUACAGCUUCUACUGUGCUCCACACCAAGGUGCAGGCAUGGUUGGGAAGGUCACAGUUAACUAAAAUCAAGUGAAAGUCUUUAACUCUUUUUGGCUUCUCUUACAUCUAAAUCCAUUCCUCUGGGUCUUUUGUCUAGAAUUUUACAGGACUGUCCUUGGGGACUUUGUCUAUGCUUGGGUAAAUUUAAUUUUUAUUUAUGAGAGGAGCGUAUAGUUAAUUUGCA